AUUCUGUUGAAAAGGAAGUAGAGCCUCACUUGUUGCCAGGUGAAGUGCUGCUUUGUGAAGCAAACAUGGUUUUGAAGUGCGGACAAGAUGACGGACCAAAUCGUGGCACGUACGGGAAACUUAUUUGCACAAAUUUCAAGAUCUCAUUCCUUGGCUAUUGUGCAUCAGAAGAGGAACCACUAUUUAAGAAUAAAGUCAUUGGGGAAAAUGACAUCACUCUUCAGUGUGUAGACCAGCUCUAUGGAAUUUAUGAUGACAGAAGAAAACCUUUAUGUAAUCAGCUGAGAAGAUACCCAGAGAAAAUAAUAAUCCACUGCAAAGACCUGAGAGUGUUUCAUUUCUGCUUGAGGUACACGAAGGAGGAAGAAGUGAAAAGGAUUGUCAGUGGCAUAGUUCAUCAGACGCAGACGCCUAAGCUAUUUAAACGCUUGUUUCUGUUCUCUUACGCAACAGCUGCACCAAAAGAGACAGAAAUAAAAAACCAAACGGUGAUGUUUGACACUAUUAAGGACUGGCGUCAAGAGUUGGAACGGACCAAAGGGAACCUGAAAUUCAAAGCAGUGAGUGCCAACGAAGACUACAAAGUCUCCAAAAAGUUGCCACCCUACUUCGUUGUGCCCAUGGCUGUCUCUGAAGAGAGUCUUCUGGAGUACCAAGGAAAAGGAGUGCCUAUCUGGUGCUGGUCUUGCCAUACGGGUGCUGCUCUUCUCAAAAUGUCAGCGUUCCCCAAAGAACAAGAUGACAGUGCUUCACAAAUGCAAAAAAUCUUUUUGGAAGGAAUGUACAAGACAGUUAAUAAGCCGCCUUAUGAAGCCAUGAAACUUGAAGAGCUUUCAAGCAGUCUUCCGUCUCUGCAAGAUAUCCAAACUGCAUAUACUAGAUUUAAACAGCUGUUUCUAGUAGAUAAUAGUUCUGACUUCUGGGAUACUGAUGUAAAAUGGUUUUCAUUACUGGAAAGUACAAAUUGGCAAGAAAUCAUAAGGCGGUAUCUCAGAAAAGCAAUAGAGGUUAUUGACUUGCUGGAAGCACAGAAUACAAAUGUUCUCCUUGUAGAAGAGAAUGCUUCAGACUUGUGCUGUGUGAUCUCCAGCCUGGUUCAAAUUAUGAUGGAUUCAUACUGCAGAACAAAGCUGGGAUUUCAGAGCCUCAUUCAGAAAGAGUGGAUAAUGGGAGGACAUGCUUUUUUGAAUCGAUGUAACCAUCUGCGGCAGACUGAAAGAGAAGAGGUGCCAGUUUUCUUGCUCUUCUUGGAUUGCAUCUGGCAGCUGGUUCAGCAGUAUCCACCCGCAUUUGAGUUCACAGAAACUUACUUAACUGUCUUGUCAGAUUGCUUGUACAUACCUAUAUUUAGCACGUUCUUCUUCAAUUGUCAACAUCAACACGAUACCGCUGUGACUGGCGGAAGCUGUGAUGCAGAAAGCAGCCCUCUUAGCUUCAUUUCUGUUUGGGAUUGGUCUGUGCAGUUUGAAUGUAAAGCAAUAGCUUUGCUGAAUAACCCCCUUUAUGCAGAAAAGCCAAAAUUAGAUAAAAUUCAGAGGAAAACCACAAAAUUCAAGCAUCAACGGCAACUCUCUCUGCCACUGACGCCAAGCAAACCACCUCCCAAGAGAGGGUUUUUUAAGGAAGAAACCGACCAAUUAAUUAAAAACAUUCUGGGCAAACGGAUCAGCAGGCUGAUCACUUCUUCCGAUGAGCUUCAGAGUACCUCUAGGGAGUUCUAUGACAACUGGCACUCUAAGCCUGUCGAUUUCCAUGGGAUCCUGCUGCCCCGCCUGGAGGGGCCGGGAAUCAGAGUGUGGGCGCAGAGGUAUUUACGCUGGAUCCCCGAAGCCCAGCUCCCUGGUGGCGGCACCAUUGCCGCCGCGACGACCAUCUUGGACACCAUGGAAGACGUGCAGGGCUUGCAGAAGAAAGUGGACGAAAGUCACAGCCAGGUUGCAUCUUCAGAGGUGGAGACUCCUCCCUUAAUGAGGAAUGAAGAUCGUCGCCGGUCAUCCUUAUUCCCAUUUGCUCUGCUUCAAAGGCACUCCCUCAAGCCGGUCUUACCUACCAGUACUUGGAAGGACUUGGGAAGCGAGGAAGACUUGGCCAGCAGAGACGAUGACUUUGUUGAAAUAGGCGACGUUUGA